AUUUUAAGAAAAUUAGUUUCCACUAAAUGUCAAGCGUAAAGGAUCGUGGACGUAUCUUUGUUUGCCGAUCGCUGUCAUUCAUUUCAUCAUACGUGUGAGCGUGCAUAGCCUGCAAGCAUGGAGCAUCUGGUUUCUCUCGGACUGAACGAGCAAAAGGUCAAGGAAACGCUUAAAAAUGCCUCACUUACCGCGACUAUUACACGUGCGUUCUCCUACUUCCCGCCGGGUGUAGAACUGAAUUCUGCCCAAAAACCACUUCUGUUCCAGGCGUGCUCGAAGAUAAAGCCGCAGAGUGCUCAGUUUUUGGAAUUAAUAGUCAAAAAAAUCCUGGACCACAGCCUGGACACUAGUUUACGCGUGGAUACGGCACUAGAGUAUGUGCUAGCUAACGUCACGAAGGCCACGUUCAACGAAGCUGAUUUCGAUGCGGCUUGCGGUGUCGGGAUAGUAGUAACGCCCGAAGAAAUCGAAAAAGCUGUCGAGACAACUAUCGCAAAAUAUCGGGAUGAUAUCGUUCAACAGCGUUACCGGUUUAAUGUUGGAAAGCUGCUUGUCGAAAUUCGAGCCGCGUUGCCUUGGGUUGAUGGUAAGGCGCUGAAGAGUGAAGUUGAUGUUCAGAUGUUCGAUUUGUUAGGCCCGAAAACGGAGGCAGAUGAAGAAAAAGUGGGUAAAAAACGACGCGAACCUCCUCCGGUCGCCAACGUACCAAAAGCAGCAACUGCGGUUGUUCCAGUGAUUAGCACUAGUCGACCGGAUGGACCGCGAACGAUGGUCGACCUGAUGCGAAAUGUUGAUUUUCAUCGUCCGGGUGAGAAUUUUAAAACUGACGGGUAUGUCGUCACUUCCGAAACGGAGCGUUUGUUGAAAGAGCACCUGAAGCGUACUGGAGGCAAAGUGCGUACACGCUUCCCGCCGGAACCGAACGGAAUUCUUCACAUAGGACACGCCAAGGCUAUCAACAUUAACUUUGCCUAUGCAGCAGCAAACGAUGGCGUAUGUUUCCUACGAUACGACGACACUAAUCCGGAAAAGGAAGAAGAAAAGUUUGUGAAAGGCAUUCGAGACAUCGUCGAAUGGCUCGGAUACAAACCGUAUAAAAUAACCUACUCGUCCGAUUACUUCCAACAGCUGUAUGAUUUUGCCGUCCAGCUCAUAAAAAGUGACAUGGCAUACGUGUGCCAUCAAACUGCCGAACAAAUGAAAGGAUUUACUACGGAGCCAUCGAAAUGGCGCAACCGGCCCAUAGCGGAAAGCUUGCAGCUUUUCGAAGAUAUGAAGAAUGGAAAAAUAGACGAGGGAGCCGCAACACUGCGCAUGAAAAUUACGCUGGAAGAGGGAAAAAUGGAUCCGGUAGCUUAUAGGAUCAAAUUUAUUCCACACCACCGUACCGGUACGAAGUGGUGUAUCUAUCCGACCUACGACUACACGCACUGCUUGUGCGACAGCCUGGAAGAUAUCACCCAUUCGCUCUGCACGAAGGAGUUCCAAUCGAGACGAUCGUCAUAUUACUGGCUCUGCAAUGCUCUGAACAUAUACUGUCCCGUGCAGUGGGAAUAUGCACGUCUUAACGUUAACUACACUGUAGUUUCGAAGCGCAAAAUUAACAAGCUUAUCACUGAGAAUACGGUUAACGAUUGGGACGAUCCAAGAUUGUUCACACUGUCGGCUUUGCGGCGCAAGGGAUAUCCGGCCGAAGCGAUAAAUAAUUUCUGCGCCCAGAUGGGUCUGACGGGCGCGCAAACGUCCAUUGAUCCAGCUGCUCUCGAAGCGUCUGCCAGGGAUGUGUUGAAUCUAACCGCACCACGUACAAUGGCAGUUCUGGAACCACUUAAGAUUACGAUUCUCGACUAUCCUCAUGAUGGACCAAUUCAGCUUUCGGUUGCCGAUUUUCCAACCAUAACCGAAAAAGGAACUCAUAUGGUUUGGUUCGACCGUGUGGUUUAUAUCGAGCGGUCUGAUUUCAUGGAACACGCUGACAAAUCCUUCCGCCGUUUAACACCAAACCAGCCGGUUGGACUUAAAUACAUUGGCUCCAUGUUGCGAGUGGAAAGCAUUGUGCGCAAGUCGAACUCUGUGGAGGAAUUGAUAUGCCGAAUGGAGCAAUGUACAGCUACAGAAAAACCGAAAGCAUACAUACACUGGGUAGCCAAACCAGUACCGGUAGAGGUACGUUUGUAUGAGAAACUGUUCAUGCAUAAAAACCCCGAAGAUAGUAAUGAAGUUCCGGGAGGAUUUUUGAGUGAUUGUGCUACCGAUACAAUACGUACCGUGUGUGGUUACGUUGAUACGCAUGUGACCAACAGUAAAGUGUACGACAACUAUCAGUUCGAGCGCAUCGGUUACUUCUCCGUUGAUCCGGACAGUAGGAACGGUCAGCUAGUUUUCAAUCGUACCGUCACGCUGAAAGAGGAUACGGGUAAAAUGAACUAGUUAAAGUAAUUCAAUAGGAAUCACGGACAAUGGGUCGAUAUAAUCGUUGUAUCGUUUUGACGAUCUGGACAUUGCUUGCCGUGUGCGUUGAAUAAAAUCAAUCAUUAAUUUAAAAAUUAUUUCCAUAACUGGAAUGAAUGUUGAACAA